UCAGAGGGCUGGGUUACAGCGGGAGAAGCGGCUGAGCGACAUUCCCUGAGAAAUCUGCUGCUGGAAAAAUCGUCUCCAUGAAUCACUGGCUAACAGCAGUGUUAUUACAGAGUAGAUAGUUUCUUUACCUCCAGAAGAACGGCUGUCUAAAGCCGAAUAAAUCCACAAUCUGCCAGUACAAUGAAGCCUCUGGAUUUAUGGUUUAGAUUUAUUUGCAGUUUAUUUAUUAUUUGUCUCCCAGUUUCCGGAUUCUAUCUUCCGGGUUUAGCUCCGGUUAGUUUUUGUGAAGAGGACAAGAAAACCGGUGACUGUCAGAGUGGGAUUCAGCUGUUUGUAAAUCGACUGGACUCUGUGGAAUCCGUCCUGCCCUAUGAAUAUGACGUGUUUGAUUUUUGCCAAGAUGCAGAGGAGAAGAGGCCAUCAGAAAACCUUGGCCAGGUGUUGUUCGGAGAGAGAAUUGAGACCUCGCCCUACAAGUUCACAUUUAGGAAAGAUGAAACUUGCCAAAAAGUGUGCACCAAAUCUUACGACACAACAAAACCGGAAGAUAAAGCCAAUUUGGACUUUCUCAAGAGAGGCAUGCAGCUGAAUUACCAGCAUCACUGGAUUGUUGACAACAUGCCUGUAACAUGGUGCUAUGAUGUGGAGGAUAAUCAGAAGUACUGCAACCCUGGCUUUCCAAUUGGUUGCUUAGUAACCACUGAGGGACGGCCUAAAGAUGCCUGUGUCAUCAAUUCUGAAUUCAACAAGAAAAACACAUUCUACCUCUUCAACCAUGUGGAUAUCAUAAUAACCUACCACAGCGGGGAACAUGAAAAUUGGAAUGGUGCUCGGCUGGUCAGCGCUAGACUGGAGCCCAAGAGUGUUAAACACAGUGCUGAAAACAGCCUGACAUGUCAAGGCCCACCCAUGGAGAUUCCAGGGGAAUUCAGUAGUAAUCUGAACCUGACCUACUCUUAUUCAGUCAUGUUUGAGUCCACAGAUUUGAUCAAGUGGGCUUCAAGAUGGGAUUACAUUUUGGUGUCCAUGCCUCAUACAAAUAUCCAGUGGUUUAGCAUUAUGAACUCUUUGGUCAUCGUGCUCUUCCUCUCUGGCAUGGUGGCCAUGAUCAUGCUGAGAACACUACACAAGGAUAUCGCAAGAUACAACCAAGUGGAUCAGGCAAACAUGGUUAAGAUCCAUCCACAAACAGGUGUUGCUUAUGAGGAUGCACAGGAGGAGUCUGGAUGGAAGCAGGUACAUGGGGAUGUGUUCAGGCCACCGCAGAAUGGCAUGCUGCUGUCUGUAUUUCUUGGGCAGGGCACACAAAUCUUAAUCAUGACCUUCAUCACACUCUUCUUGGCUUGCCUGGGAUUCCUCUCUCCAGCAAACAGAGGGGCGCUUAUGACUUGUGCAGUGGUGCUGUGGGUCUUGCUAGGCACGCCUGCUGGUUAUGUAUCAGCCAGACUUUAUAAGAGUUUUGGUGGUGAAAAAUGGAAAACCAGUGUUUUUUUGACUGCACUUCUGUGUCCUGGCAUUGUGUUUGCGGAUUUCUUCUUAAUGAAUCUGAUCCUCUGGGUGGAGGGCUCGUCUGCUGCUAUCCCGUUUGGCACGCUGGUGGCCGUUCUGGGCCUGUGGUUCGGCAUCUCUGUCCCACUUACCUUCGUGGGCGCAUACUUUGGCUUCAAGAAGCCGGUGAUUGAGGCCCCAGUACGAACAAAUCAGAUCCCACGGCAAAUCCCUGAGCAGUCCUUCUUCACUAAACCUGUGCCAGGCAUCAUCAUGGGCGGCAUCCUGCCAUUCGGCUGCAUCUUCAUCCAGCUCUUCUUCAUCCUCAACAGCAUCUGGUCUCAUCAGAUGUAUUAUAUGUUUGGCUUCCUGUUCUUGGUGUUCAUAAUUCUUGUCAUCACCUGUUCUGAGGCUACGAUCUUGCUGUGCUACUUCCAUUUGUGUGCUGAGGAUUAUCACUGGUGGUGGCGAUCGUUCCUUACCAGUGGAUUCACCGCGGUUUACCUGUUUGUCUACGCUAUGCACUAUUUCUUCUCUAAACUCCAAAUCCAAGGUGCAGCUAGUACCAUCCUUUACUUUGGCUACACCAUGAUUAUGGUACUUAUAUUCUUCCUCUUCACAGGCACCAUUGGCUUCUUCGCUUGUUUCUGGUUUGUACAUAAAAUCUACAGUGUGGUGAAAGUGGACUAAGACAGCAAGCUUGGCAGUUCCAUCUGUCCGCAGUGCAGAAAAAGACUGUGUUCUCUUCGUUAUUCAUUUGAUGGACAGAUGCUUUGGCAAGCUGUGUUUGGGAGACACCUCCGGGAUGAAAACGUCCUUCUUUUGCUUGGAAACUGGUGUAUUUCUGUCAUAAUUCUAUGCUUCUACUGUCUGUACUUAAGCUGGUUUAGUUUGCACAAUAACAUGAGUUAGGUCUUUGUCCAGACCUCCAAAGACUGGGGUUGGGGUUAAGAUGUAGGGUUUUUUCUGUGUUUUGGUGUUGAGGAAUCAUCAUAAAUUGGUGGUUGUGAAAGUUGGUGGAGCCAGUGGUGCUGAUCCUGAAACUACAAAGGUCCUGAUACGGCUGCAGGCUUGGUAAAUACUUCUGCGAUACUACUUCUUGCGAACAUGUCUGUUUUAGUCGUCAUGAGUGUAAUUGGCAUGCUGGCCAGUCAAGAAGGGAUGACUGAGCAUGCUCAAACAUUUGCACGUUAACUUGCCAGCGACAGACAUGGGCUCCAUGAGCAGAAAAAGAGACAGAAGAAUAGGAGCAGACAGAUUGGAAAUAAGCAGAUCAAAAUCAAAAGAACAUCUGUACGUCUUUGAGGGGGUGGGUUCUGCCCCCUGCACUUUAAGCCCAAAUGCAUGAAGGUAACAAGGCUGCAAGUCUUUAUAAUUUCACUCAAUAUGUGUGUGUGUGUGUGUGUGUGAUUUUAUAUAGAGAUCCAAAUGUGUUCAUUCCUUUUUUUUUUUUUAAGUUCUACCGUUUGUUUAUCUAUUCAUUACUUAUCAUUAAGUUAAAUGAAAAUGUGAUUUUUCUCUGUUUUAUUUUCCAGUUGUUUAAUUUUUUACAAUAGUUUCAGCACUACAGGUACAAAGGGUUUGUCUAUGAUGUCACUGAUAAGUGGAUAUCAGUGAUGAAUUGACAUCAAAAAUAAAGCAGGUCACUAAGCCUGUUUUAUUUUUGUGGAUGUCUCACAUUGAGUUUAUGUGGAGCAGUGAAAUGAUUGGGGUAAGAGGCACUGAGCUUUAUGCUGGUAAUAACUUGAUGAUUGAUGGAAUUAUUUUUAUUUUUUUUAGGUAAUCACAAAAUGAACUUGAUCAUUUAAACCAGUAACAUCCAGUUUUGAGAAGGUUAAUGCAUAAAUUCAGGCACAGCUUAUUUUGCUCUUCGUCAAACCAUAUGAAGUGUACAUAAAGAACCUUGUACCAUGAAAUGAAAAUAAAGCACAGUACAUAUCAUCACAA